AUGUGGAAAGCCCGCCUGUUCCAGGCCUUCCAGCCCCUCUGGCACAGCCCGUCCCAGACGCCCACCCCCCUCCGACAGACCGUGAAACGCUUCUCAAAGCCCACGAGGCGCCUGAACAGCACAAAGCCCCCAUCAACGUCACCGUCACCGUCCUCGGCCGAGACCGCCGCCGCGGCCAAGCAGCAGUCCCGCGCGGACCGGAUCCUCUCGCGGCUCCCGCGCCGUAUGCAGGGGUACGCGGGCCGGCUGCGCAGCGCGCCGCUGUCGCACGUCGUGGCCUUCCUCGUGCUGCACGAACUGACGGCCGUGGUGCCGCUAUUGGGGCUGUUCGGCCUGUUCCACUACGGCGGCGCGUCGGCCGCGCCGAUCGGGUACAUGACGGAGCACUACGGGGGCUACGUCCGGGACGGGACCGCCAGGUUCGAGCGGUACUUUACCAGGAAGGGGUGGUUCGGGUUCGGGCGGGAGGGAGGUGAAGAGGCCGCCGGGGGCAUCAAGGGCGAUAAUGGGGAUGACAAUGCUGCCGUCAUGAGCCGGUGGGAGGGCUCGGAUGGGAAGUACAGGAUCGUGGUCGAGGUCGCGCUCGCGUAUGCCAUCACCAAGGCGCUGCUGCCCGCCCGGAUUGUGGUCAGUCUGUGGGCGACGCCUUGGUUUGCUGGUCUAAUGGGCCGGAUACGACGGGUCUUGCCUCUGGGCAAGGCGCAGAAAUAG